UUGGACACUCUGGUAAGGGCCAAUAUUAUUUUGGUUGUGUAGAAACUGCAGCCCUGUACGCACCUACCUGUAGGUUUCCUGGGAUAUCAAGCUUUAAGUGUGGAGUUGCACCAUCUUUUCCUUUAAAGUUUGGAGUUUGAGACUUUUUGUUCAGGACUAACCACACAGACAAACAGAUCAAAAAACUCAGAAACCCUGGGCUCAUACCAGGAGCGGCCUGCAGCAUGUCUGGAUCUAUACCAUUCUACCAGAAGCACCAUCGCCACUAUGACCAUGGCUACAGAAGCAGGGAGACAGAGUCUAAACUAAGCCAGUACCAGACCAGCAGCAGAUAUACUGCUGGCAGCAGCACCUCAGCCAUCAGCACGAGUAGGGGACUUAAAGUGUCUUCACAUUCUGGGCUGGAAGCAAGCAGACUGAGCCCUGUACCCAAGAGAGCCAAGCCAACUUACUUGGCUGUGGAUAAAGAGAACCAAAUCAUCGGCUAUGUAGUGCCUAUCUUCAGGGGCAGUCAAGAGUUUGUUACAGGAUUUUCGAAUACAGAGGAAGCAAGGGUGAGGGACACUGCUGCAUACAUGGCCCGCAGGGAUUUGUUCACCAGUGGCCUGGAGAUGGAGAGGUCAGAGCAGAUCUCCAGGAGGGAGACCAUGCGCGAGUCGGCGGAACGCAUCUCUCUGAACAAAAGGAUCCAUGAACACGGGGAACACUUUAAGCGCAUGAACGAAGACAGCCUGAUGCACGCCCCGGAGUUUGUGAUUAAACCACGGUCCCACACUGUGUGGGAGAAGCAGUGUGUGCGACUGCAUUGCACUGUCAGUGGCUGGCCCGACCCAAGGGUCGUCUGGUACAAAAACAAUGUGGCAAUUGACCCGAUUGGCAAUGCUGGGAAGUAUAAACUUGAGAGCAGAUACAGCGUGCACUCACUGGAGAUUAACAGAUGUGAUUUUGAUGACACGGCGCAGUAUCGCGUCUCUGCCAUGAACUCCAAGGGAGAGCUGUCUGCAUAUGCCUCUGUCGUUGUUAAAAGGUUCAAAGGGGAAAUUGAUGAGUCCCUGCCAUCCCCCAGACGGGCCAGUACUGAAGAUGGCCCAGUGUCUGAGUAUGGCAUCAACUUCCAGACUCACAUUGUUGAUAAAUUUGGUGUAUCGUUUGGAAGAGAGGGUGAGACCAUGAGUCUGGGAUGUACGGUCAUCAUUUAUCCUACCCUGCACCUCUACCAGCCAGAGGUCCAGUGGUACAGAGACGAUGUUCUGCUGUCUCCUUCUAAAUGGAACCACAUGCACUGGAGUGGAGAUCGAGCCACGCUGACACUCACACACCUCAACAAAGAGGACGAGGGUCUCUACACCUUACGUGUCACCACCAAGUCUGGAUAUGAAACCUACUCCGCCUAUGUUUUUGUCAAAGAUGCUGAUGCUGAGGUUGAAAGAGCUCCCGGUGCCCCUCUGGAUGUGCGCUGUCUGGAUGCCAACAAGGAUUACAUUAUUGUCACCUGGAAGCAGCCAGCGGUCGAUGGUGGCGACUCCAUCCUGGGCUACUUUGUGGACAGAUGUGAGGUUGGAACCACCCACUGGAUCCAGUGCAAUGACACUCCGGUUAAGUUUGCCCGUUUCCCCGUCACUGGCCUAGUGGAGGGCCGUUCCUAUUUGUUCCGUGUGCGUGCCAUCAACAAGAGCGGCAUGAGCCGCCCGUCCCGAGUCUCUGAGCCAGUGGCUGCCAUGGACCCAUCAGACCGCGCCCGCAUGAGAGGUACAUCUGCUCCCUGGACUGGCCAAAUCAUUGUCACAGAGGAGGAGCCUGCAGAGGGCGUUGUUCCUGGCAGACCUCUUGAGCUGCAGGUGACAGAGGCAACCAAGAACUAUGUGGUGCUGAGUUGGAACCCACCUGGAGAGAAAGGCCUCGAGGGUGUCAUGUACUAUGUAGAAAAGUGUGUUUCGGGCACAGACAGCUGGCAGAGGGUGAACACAGAGAUCCCAGUCAAGUCUCCUCGCUUUGCGCUGUUUGAUCUCGCCGAAGGGAAAUCCUACAGCUUCCGCGUCCGAUGCUGCAACUCUGCCGGUGUCGGCGAGCCAUCUGACCCAACGGAGGCCAUCACUGUUGGCGACAAGCUUGAUAUCCCAUCUGCCCCAAGCAAAGUUGUUCCUACCAGAAACACAGACACAUCAGUGGUUGUGUCUUGGGUAGCAUCCAGUGAGGCCAAAGAGUUGGUGGGCUACUACAUUGAGGGGAGCAUUGAGGGCAGCAAUGUGUGGGAGCCAUGCAACAACAAGCCUGUAAAGGCUACCAGGUUCAUCUGCCAUGGUCUGAUGACGGGAGAGAAGUACGUGUUCAGGGUGAGGGCAGUAAACGCAGCAGGGCUCAGCCAGUUCUCCCCAGAGUCUGAGGCUGUGGAGGUGAAGGCUGCUAUAGGGGGCGGCAUCCCUCAUGCAUCCCCUGCUCCACCCUAUGGCAUCACUGUCCUGGAGUGUGUGUGUGACUCCAUGGUGCUGGCCUGGAAACAGCCAAGCUUCAUUGGCGGUGCUGACAUCACUGGCUACUUUGUGGAUUACCGUGAGGUCACUGAUGGCGUGCCGGGGAAGUGGCACGAGGCCAACAUCAAGGCUAUCAGCGAUAGGGCCUACAGGGUGUCUGACCUAAAGGAGAACAGGAAGUACCAGUUCCAGGUGCGCGCAGCCAACAUGGCAGGUGUCGGCAUCCCUUCACUGCCCAGUAACACCUUCCUGUGCGAGGAGUGGACCAUCGCCGUGCCAGGACCUCCACAUGACCUGCAGGUAAGAGAGGUGCGAAACGACUCUCUGGUGUUGCUAUGGAAACCACCUGUGUACCAGGGCCGUGAUCCGGUCAACGGAUUCUACGUCGACAUCAAGGAAGCGGAUGCACCAGAGGAGGUGUGGAGAGGAGUCAACAACAAGGCUACGGAGAAGACGUACAUCAAGAUUAAGAAUCUGAAGGAAGGAGAGAGGUUUGUGUUCCGUGUGCGCGCUCAGAAUAAAGCCGGUGUUGGAGAAUGCUCAGACGUGACAGAGCCGGUCCCAGCUCUCACCAAACCAGGCACCAAGGAGAUAGUAGUCGAUGUUAACGAUGACGGCAUCGUCUCCCUGAACUAUGAAUUCUGUGACUUGACCCCCGACUCUAAAUUUGUGUGGUCCAAGAAUUACGAGGAAAUCACAGACCAAUCCCACCUGACAAUAGAGACCAAGGGAAACAAAUCCAAAGCCAUUUUCAACACUCUUGGGGAGGAGGACAUUGGCAUUUACUCAUGUCUUGUCACCCACACUGAUGGUGCUUCAUCCAGCUACACUCUCUCUGAAGAAGAGUUGAAAAGGCUGCUGGAGGUCAGCCAUGACCACAAAUUCCCCAUUAUUCCCCUGAAGUCAGAGUUGGCUGUGGAGCUGCUGGAGAAGGGUAAGGUUCGCUUUUGGCUGCAGGCGGACAAGAUUUCAGCUAACGGCAAAGUCGAUUAUAUCUUCAACGAAAACGCUCUCUCUCAGGGGGAGAAAUACAAGAUGAACUUUGACAAGAACACCGGCGUGAUUGAGAUGAUCAUGGAGAGUCUGACUCCGGCUGAUGAGGGCACCUUCACCUUCCAGUUGCAGGAUGGGAAAGCUACCAACCAGUCCAGCUUGGUACUGAUAGGAGACGUGUUCAAGGAGCUGCAGAAAGAAUCAGAGUUUCAGAAGAAAGAAUGGGUCAGAAAGCAAGGUCCUCACUUUAUCGAGUAUUUGGGUUACGAGGUGACACCAGAGUGCUGCGUUAUACUGAAAUGCAAGGUCGGCAACAUGAAGAAGGAGACCUCUGCGCAUUGGUACAAAGAUGGACGCGAGAUCAAAUCAGACGAGCAUCUCGGCUUCACUGAGGGAGUGCUGAAACUGGAAAUUGCUCAGAUUUCCAAGAAGGACGCUGGUGUGUAUGAGGUCGUUCUGAAGGAUGACAGAGGAAAGGACACUUCUACAUUGAAUUUGACAGAUCAAGGUUUCAAGGACUUGAUGAAUGAAGUUUUCAGUUUCAUCGCCAAUUCGUCCACUCCACUGAAGAUCACAAGCACAGAUCAGGGCAUCCGCCUCUACACCUUUGUCAGCUACUACAACGAUUUACUCCAAGUGACAUGGCACUACAAGGAUUCAGCCAUUGCCUUCUCUGACCGUAUAAAGAGUGGUGUGGUGGGAGAGCAGCUGUGGCUGCAGAUCUCAGAGCCCACAGAGAAAGACAUUGGCAAAUAUGCCAUUGAGUUCAACGAUGGAAAAGGUGGCCUGAGAAGGACCGUUGAGCUGUCUGGUCAAGCAUUUGACGAUGCUUUUGCAGAAUUCCAGAGACUGAAAGCUGCUGCUAUUGCAGAGAGAAGUCGUGCUCGAGUAGCAGGAGGCCUGCCUGAUGUGGUCACUAUACAGGAGGGAAAGGCUCUCAAUCUCACCUGCAACAUUUCGGGCGACCCUGUGCCAGAGGUCACAUGGCUGAAGAAUGACAGGGAGAUCACAUCCGACGACCACUGCAUCCUCAAGUUUGCGUCAGGCAAGUUUGCCAGCUUCAUCAUCACCGGCGUGACCACGUCGGACUCGGGCAAGUACAGCAUCCUGGUGAAGAACAAGUACGGCACAGAGAGCGGGGACUUCACCGUAAGUGUCUUCAUCCCUGAAGAGGCGGGCGGCAAGAAAAAAUAAAAGCGGUCCAAAUCUUGUCGUAAAUAUGUAUAAAUGAAAAACACUGGAAACAGUUCAAGGAAAGAAACAGGCUUGAGGAUGUGUUAGAUGUUUUUAUGUAGACUAUAAACAUAACUGUAGGGGUGCUGAAUCUGAAAUGAAAUGUCAACAAAAGUUCAGAGAGAAAUCCAGUGUGGUGAAAUGUUGUGACGUAAAAUCAUAAUAACAUGUAUUAUGGUCCAAUAAUAACAAAACUCACAUGUCACAUUUCUCACAAAAAUGUUACUGGUGCAAUUUUUUUGUUUUUGCUAUAGUGUAAAGUUGUGACAAGUUGUGUUGAUAGGAUGCAACACUCAAUCAUAGGAAAAAAAAUCAUGAAGUUAAAAUGUGAAAUGUCUAUUAAAAAGCCAAAUGUUUUUACAUGUUUUAUCCCAUUUGCUAAUCCUGCAUACUGUACUGCCAAGCAAUAGUUUCAACAGCUUUUCUUUCAGGAUGCAAUUUAUUUUAGUUUAUUAUUUGAUUAUUAUUGAAAUCUGGAAAGCAUUUUGCAAGGACUUGAAACAUGCUUGAGAUACUUAAAGUCAGGAAUAACAGUGAUGAGUCAUCUUCCCUUUUGUGCUAUAAUUGUUGCAUGUAGGAAGUCGUGGUGCAUUCAUGUGCUGGUGGUAAUCUAGAGCAUCAGAGUUUUUUAAUUCUGCUGUCAAGCUUUCUGCUUUCAAUAAUGGAGGCAGAUUUCUGAGUCAUUUUUGAAACUGUGUAUCCUGUAUUUCAGACACAGGUAGACAAAAGCAGGCUUCUCGUAUUUUAGAUUGUAUCAGCUGUGGCUAGUUAGCUAACUUAGUUAAUGUUAGCUCUGUGAGUUGGUUGCUCAAUGAGUUGGAAACGCCGUCUCCGAUUGACAAAAAGUUUGCACCCUGUUUGUAUUGUCAAACUGUAUGUUUUCACUUUGAAAGUAACAAGAGAAACGGCUUUUAGGAGGAUGAUGUAACGUAAAAGUAACGCUAUCUUCCCCAAAUCGAACUAAAGAGCAGGACAGAGCCACUGACUUUGCUAUAGCAUCUAGGACUUAUGUAGAAAUACUAAAUACAAGCUAGGCGUAAACAUUUUUUUUUAACGUAACCUGGACCCCAAAAACUAUGAUAGCCUAUGCUCCUCCCUAGCCUUGGAAGUAAUGCUGGGUAAAAGUAGAAGUGAACUAAAUUGGUUGCAAAUGGGCUAAAACAUGCAUUGUGUCAUUUCAUCAGAUUUUACAUUUAGACCUGUUUAAUAUUAUUCAUAAUCAUUUAAAUGUUGUGAUCAUGACAUCACUUCCAUUGUUUCCCAGACUGUAGUGAAUACUGUAUGUUUGCCCACUGCCCAUUGUUAUGAGAUCCCCAUCACAGCCCUUCAUUAAUGAUUAUGAUCCCUCCUUCAUUAUGAUGAUAACGAUGGCACUGUAAUGAAGACUGUUAGAUCACUGUUCAUUAACAGUGGUUAUUGCAUCACUUCCUAUUCCUGUUUCUUGAUGACACUAAUAAAAACGAGCAUGUACUUCCCCA